CGCACAAAAUAGGUCGCCGACCGACACAUAUCCUCACACAAAUUAUGCGACAGGAUGGAGUUGUAAAAGAGCUCGACAUCUCUCAUUAAGUGAACGGCAAAUAAUUUCGGGGUGUGCAAACCGAUACGGGUUUAUCGAUUAAACGUACCCCCAUUCCGUAAUCGGCGCGCGACUUAUGGUUAAUACUGCUCGUGGCUACCUCCGUUUUGCAUAAUUCGCAAAAGCGCCGACGCUUAUUUUCAGCCGCUCGAUUACACAGCGAUCGUAUCGUAUCGUCGUGUAACGUGAUCGUAUCAGGACGAUGUCGUGAACCGAUAUCAGUCGACGAUGCACUGGAACUGCACGAUUAUCGUGCAGUGGAUACUCCGGGCGUACGAAACUUGUCGUCAAUAUCCAUUCCGUAAGGGGAAAAUUUUUAAUUUUAUAGCAUUUGCCUGUACUCCUCGUCGAGAACACGUUUCCGCGCAUUCCAGGUCCCGUUUAAUCCCGCUUCUCUCAGUGCACUCCGCUUCUUGGAAUUUCGCUGAAAUUGGCAAAUUCAAUCGACUGCGCCUGAAAUUUCCUCCCUUAGGGGAAACCGGUGUCAAUUGUAACAGGUGUCAAAUGUAACAGAGCUUAUUUUAGAGCCACCUUAUAUAAAAACACGAAGUAGCCUUCAUUAAGUAAUAAGAGACAACUUUUCGCAUUACCGUCCCGAAUGUGGUCAUCGUAACGUUCUUGUUGUCCACGUUAUCCCCAAAUUUACGGAAAUUGCGACCAAAAGUAAAUAUUCUCUCACAAAUCUUUUUUGGUGCACAACUUAGGUUACUGUAUUUAUUCAAAAUUCGAUAACAGCCCAUUAUUAUAUGUUGCCUGAACUAUCUUAUUGUGUAGGUUAGAUAUUUUAGGUAAAGAAACAUAUAAGAAAAUAACAGGAUAAUUUCGGAAAUGACAUAGAGGUGUCGUUUGUAACAUCCUGGGAUGUUACAAUUGACAUCUAUACAUUUACUUCGUAUGUUUUAAUAUACAUUUUUUGGUAAUUAUUUAGCUACCGGGUGAAAAGUGCUGAAACCAAGACCAAGAAAAACCGAAAGGGGAAUAAUCUGCCAAACAUCUCAGCUGCACUGAUAAAAAUGUUUCUUUUAUAUGUAUUAAUUGUCUCUCUGAUUAAUAUUUUUGUUCAUGUUUCACUUGGUUUUUAGAAUUUCGUUUUGUUUGGUUCUUAUUGCUUUAUCGUUCGUUUAUUUCAUUGUUCUCGUUUCAUUAUUUCAAUGUUUACUCGAUAUUAUUUAUAAUAAAAGUAUUUGUUACAAUUGACACCAGAGAGGUAUCGAUAGUAACGCUCGUCGCACUAUGAUAAAAAUGAAAUAUAUUUCGAGACGAUUCCCGAUAGCUAUAUUAUAAAAAUCUGAUAAGUAGCACCAAACUUGAAGGUUUGUUCCAAAAAAAUGUGAAACAAAAAUUGCGAACGGUUUACUGAAAAAAAAUGUUAUUGAAUUUUUGUUACAAUCGACACCGGUCUCCCCUACUAGGAAUUUCGCGCAAAUCAAUGCACUCUAUGAUACUCCAUCGCGCGCGAAAAUUAUCACGAAAUCAUUGAGGACUCCGAUUGCGUGACCGUUCUUCGGUCGAGCAACCUGCUUAUUUUCCGAUUUCGGCAGGCUAAUUUUAUUCCACUGUUACUUUUCCGUACCAUGGAGGAGAUUACGAUUGACUUGGCUCCGUCGAAACCUGGCGUUAUAUUUCAGGCAGACAUAACAAUGAUAAAACCGUGCCGAUUGCCGACAAACAACAUCGUUACAGAGGUUUCACGUCGUCCCAUGGUCAAUUCCGUCACAAGUCCCUUGUCCAUGAAAGCACGUGGUGAGCUCGGGGAAACGAGGGGAUUGGCCCAUUCGCUUCCCCUACGCAAGCUCGACCCGCGCAGCGUGCGUCUCUUCGUGAAUCCACCUCGUGAACCCAGUCGACGUUUGGCAACGCGCCUCUCAUCUCUGGGAUUUCGACGAUCCCUCCGAUCUGGUGACACGAAUCGCGAAUCGUGCAAAUAAAUUAUCAUCACGGAAACCGAAGGAAAAUCCGGCGCGUCGGAUGUGCAUCGUUCAUUGCGACACGUUGUCAUUGUUGAUAAAUAAUCACGUGAAAAAUUGAAGGAAUUUAUCGUAUUCGAUCGUGUUUGAUUAGCCUUCCGAUAAUUCAAUAAUCCGAUAAUCGAAUAUAAUUUGGAAUCUCCAAACAGGGUGCAAUUACCUGAUUAAGGAAGAACUCUGUGCAAAAAUCACUGACCGGUGAAGCGAAAAAAGAGAUCAUCAUUUCGAAAAAGCUCCAAUAAUGCGAUCAUACUGGGUGUCACACACAUUUUGGGUAUCAUUGUUACGAUGGUAUUCCGCGGCGUAGCACCGUUGACCCCCUUUACAUUGAAACUGGCCGUAUGGCUAUAUUUUUAUCGUGGCGAUAUUAGCAGUACGCAUAUUAUGUUUGAGCCUCUCUGGAUUCAUGUUGGCAAAAAUUCAUGUUGAAUCUGCUAAGUAUAAUAAAAAUAAUUCGAGUAUGAUUCAAAUAGAACAAAUUAGAAUUCAAAUAGACGUAAAUCAUAUUAAAAUAAUAUUUCAAUCUUCUAUUGAUUUAAAAUUAAAAUUAAAAUUAAGAAUAUAAAACAAACCUGAAAGUGAAAACUUAUAUAUACAAAUAAUUUAAAAAAGAAGUUCCAAAAGAUUUAUCUUAGAAACGUUUACAUCUAUGCACAAAGGAAAGAGGAUAUCAAUUUUCUUACAUGUGUCAAAUUCUUAAUUAUUAAACUCAAACUUUUCAUUAUUAGACUUAAAUAUAAUUAAUUGUUUCUGUAAUUACUUAUCAGUAUCCAUGUUCUUUCAUGCCACUGUCUCAAUAAUAUUAUAAAAUAUAUUUUUUAAUAAUAUAAUAAUAUAAUAUUAAUAAUAAUAAUAACGAUAAUAAUAAUAAACUUUUUUAUAUAGGGCAGAAGGCAACUCUAUUUUCAAAUUCAGCCCGGUUUAAAAUCUGCUGUGUUUUAAUCCAGUCAAAUAAAGGAAACGUCGGAAUGGCAUAAUUUCGAAACCCGGAAAAAAGUAGUCCUGCAAAAAGUUUCUACCGCACGGUGGCACGGGAAAUUUUCUCCAGCACGAGUCCGAUAUUAAAUGCGAGACGUAUGUGCGCGCAUAAGUCGUUCGAAGCGUUGCGAAGUUACGGAUCGUUUGCCCUCGCUCGAAAUUACACAAUCGCUGAAUUAGCAAGACCGUGUGCCGUAGCUGCACGCUAAAAGCGUGACACGCUUCGGGAUCUCUCCCUCUCUCCUUUUCCUCCGUAUCUAUCUUUCUUAUUUCUUUCUCGGUUACACCGGAUUCGUAUUUCCAUCUCUCGCUCAUCACUCCGUAACCCCAUAACUCCCUUUGCAGGCUCUGUUUGCCUAGCUUUUAGCAUAAUGCACUUACACGCGUAUAUAACCAUCUAACAUGCUACGAAUAACGCCACGAAUGACGAUGAAAUUCACGACUAAGAACAUGCAUUAUCUCGCGGACUCCUGUCGACCCUUUUGAUCCCUUUUGAUUUUAUCGCCUCUUACAAUUUCCUAUAACUAUAAUAUUUGUUCCCUUUUUUGGUAUUAAACAUUCUGAAAUGCAAUACGAGUUAACUCAGAUAAGAUCAAAAUUAAUCCGCUAAACGAGGACGAAGUACAGACAAUAGUAAUCAGUAUUUGUUAAUAUAAUAUUAUUAGUAUACUGGUAACGGUGGUCUGUAAAUCCGUGCUAUGGCGAACGAAUCGGCUCUCAUGAGGAUGAACAUUGUGUCGAUGUCGAAGAAGAUAGCUGAAAUCGCGUGUCAUCAUCGGUGCCGAAGAGUGUAUUCGUCCUAGAUCGCGGAAUGAAGAACCGAGAGCGUAACGGAAGAGCUGUCGUACAAAGUCCCGCUUACGAGGAUAGCGGGGUCGCGAUUUCCGGCGAACUCGGCGAGCCUUCCUUCUCCGGGGAAUGCGAGGGAAUAGUGUCCCUUCAAGCACCCAAGGGGAUCGAGGGGGACGCGAAUCCCGAUCCCAGGUAUGCCGCGCAUUGCACCAUAAAACAACAUUAUUACCCCGAAAACGGUUGGGGUUGGGUCAUCGUCGUGACGGGUGUUAUGGUGCAAAUUCUUGCCACGGGAAUUCACGGGGCUGUCGGAGCGUGGCUGCUGCUCGAUGGGACAAAGCGAUAUCGUCAGACUCUUCUUAACGUAGGAUGGCUGGGAGCGAUGUCGACGGGUGUUGCCCUGCUGGUAUCGCCGGUGACGAUUGCGUUUUGCCGAAGAAAAAGCACGAGAGUCACCGCAGUUUUGGGCGGCCUCGUUACUGCGCUCGGCUGUCUCUUCACAUCCUUCGCCUCGCAGUUUCACCAAUUGUUCUUCAGCUACGGCACCGUGGUCGGAAUAGGAGUUGGAAUGACGCGAGAUUGCAGCACGCUGAUGGUGGCUCAGUAUUUUAAGAGGAAAAGGGAGCUAGUCGAAAUUUUUAUCGUGUCUGGAAGCGGAUUGGGUAUUGCAGUCAUGUCUGCUUUUAUAAAAGGCGCAAUAAGCAAAAUCGGAUGGCGACUCGGUCUUCAAGCUGUCACAGGGGUGGUUUUUCUCACCUUUAUUCUCGGCACCUUUUAUCGCAGCGCAUCGCUGUAUCAUCCGCAGCGGAGGGCAAUUUUACACUUGAAGAAUCAAAAGCGCAAAAUAAAGGACAAGAACAAAGCGGACGAUCGGCCACCAUUUUUCGAUUUCAGUACCCUGAAAAGCAAGACAGUGAGGAUUCUUUUGGUGUCCACCGGGAUUUCGGCAUUCGGGAUUAACACGCCGAUCUUUUAUCUGGCACAUCAAGUUGAAGAAGAAGGUCUUGGUGAUACAGUCGUCCUACUACAGGCUUACCUCGGACUAGCUUGGACUCUCGGCUGCGUAGCUUUCGGCCUUCUGGUCGUUCAUCGCAGCGUUGAAUGCAGGAUAGCCCGGCAAUAUCUCACGCAAGCGGCCGUCUUCGUCUGCGGACUCUGCAUCCUCGCACUUACCGCUGUUCAAGGAAACUAUCAUGGAUACGUCAUGUUUGCGUGGAUUUAUGGCAUCUUCUGCGGCGGGUAUCAUUACAGCCUGAAGAUGUAUACGUACGAAAGAGUGAGGGCGCGGAACUUUGCCAGAACAUGGGGUUUCGUCCAAUGUUCCCAAGCGAUACCAAUUGCAAUCGGUGUGCCAAUAUCAGGAUAUAUAAACGUGGGUUGCGGUGGUAAGGCUGGCUACUACUUCAGCUCGACGUGCGUCCUCGUUGGCAGUUUCACCUUGUUCUUCAUCGAUUUACAUAGACGGAACUUGUCCAAGCAUAAGCACACCAGAGCUAAUGGCACGAAACACACAUGCGCCUCGGACAGUUGUCCUCAGCGACGAAGACCGUCGUUCAGUCAGGAACCCGACAACGAAGGACCGCAUCUGGCCGCUGCUGGAGCGGCCGGAGCAACGGCAGCAGCACUUGUCCUAGGAACCGACAUUGCUCCAGCGCAAGGGGAAGCAAUAGAUGUUCUAGGAACGGACAAGCCGGAACUCACGUGUAUCUCCGAGGAGGGUAUUGCCGACAUGGAUUUACCCGAUAAUCUGCUAGAGGAUCUCGAUUAUAUAGGCGACUGCAUUACGUCCUGUAACAAGGUCGAGAACUAUCUCAUGCUCUCGGAGUUCGAGAAUAAUCUGAUCGCCGAGAUGCCGAUCAUUAUGGAUCGUCGUGGACGCAGAUGGUCUCUGGCACGAUCUAAGACCAAUCAAUCCAACUGCGGCCAGAACAGUGGCAUGCAAUCGACGAACGACGAUGAAGAUGUCAAGCCAAAAUGGCGUUUAACGAAUAUGCCGCCUAACACUAACACUAACACGAGAACGAUCACCGUUAUUGAUGAAGCCAGCGCGUAAUCUCGUAUUGAGCACUGCACAUUACGUUAACUCUAAACCUGGCAGAAUUGAGAAAGUAAAAAUCAAUAUAAAGAAUUAUAAAAAUAUGAAAAGAAAUGUUGAAUCUCUAGCGUACUUUUCAUGUAAUUUUUCUGAAAUAUACAAUUUAUAAAGCUAAAAUUAAUGCAAUAAUAUAAAGUUAUAGAAGACAGAUAUAUAUAUACAUGUAUAUAAUUUACAUAAACUUUAAAAACACGUUGUACUAACUAAAAAGGUUGUAUGUCUAAUGCAAACGGAUAUGUAUCUUACAACCUAUGAUAUUACACAAUUGCCAAGUAUAGGGUUAAAGAAAAAGUCAUUUAUACGUUCACAUUCAUUAAACGUUUAUAAAUUUUUUAAUCGAAAUUUUGUUGCUAUUGUUUCCACUUUUUAGGAAAAUCACAGAAAUACGAAAAGUUAAAAAAAACCAACGUGAUACAGAAUAUUGAUUAAGUUAUUAUGCACAUAAUCUAUUUAUAUUUCACUUCGUUUAAAAUUAUUAAUUAUCCUAUUUGUUACUCCGUUAUUUAUUAUAGUACACAUAAAAGUUAUAUUAUAUGCGACAAAGCCAUUAAUAUGACUUACAAUUAGAAAGAUUCACUGAAAACGUAAUCAUUUCAGUGACACAAGUCACUUGAUUCGCGAUGAAAUUAAGGACAAUAACGUCGUCUUUCGACGAGAGGAACCACGGAAACGCUCCGUCCACACGAAGACAACCUCGACUCGCAUCGGUGUAUUUCUCACUACUUCACUAUUUAAAGCAAAAAGUAAUCUGUCUUAUUACUGCCACAGUUUGCUGAAACUGCCAUAUUAUGCCAUAUCGAUAUUACGUGCUACAUACUGAAAAUUUUGGAAACUCGCUAAUUACGGAUCUAUUAGACAAAUGAAAAAAUUAAUUAGACGAACGAAAUAGUAUGCUCAGACUUUCUUGUUACUAAUGAUUUACAAAUCAUUGUUGUGCAACUAAUGAGGUGAAAAUGCAAUCGUAGUAAAAACGACAUUAGCACAAUUAAUCAGAAUUCUAUAAAAAUUUGCCUUAAAUAAUAUUUUCUUAAUUUUGCAAAGUUUGUGAAUUUCUUCUCACAAAUCUUCUGAUAAAAAGGAUUAAUUUCGACAGUAUAACAAUAUUUAUCUAUUUAUUUAAUAAAUUUUAGAGAAUAAAGGAAGAAUACAAGAAACCAAGAUUUUUAUUUAUCACUUUUAUCAGCAUUGUCAAUUUUUAUAAAUAUUCGGGAUAACAAAAAAAAUACUUUUUGCUGCGAUUGUAAAUAACAACUGACUGUGCAAAAAUGUGAAGAAUAAUGCUCAUGAUACAUGUAGACAAGCUAGUUUAGAAUUUGAAAACUAGUCCGAUUGCGUUUUAGAGGUAAUAGUAUGUUAUAAAAAUACAAGGUACAUAUAUAUAUAUACAAUAUAUUUAUAAUAAUAUAUAUCACGACAAUUUUUCAGGAUUCGAUCCACGCGUUGAUCGACUUCAGAUAUUAUUACAAAUACAUACCUAUUUAUUUAACAAAGUAUUUAUAGUAGAAUGUAAAUAGGCGACAUUAAUACCAUGUAUAUACACUUACGUAACGAUAUUGUAACGUAUGCAAUCAUCGACGUAGACUAUUAUAAUAUCUAUAAUUAUAGCAAUUACAUCUUUCAUUGCUUAGCAUGCAAGAAAGAUCCAUCGGAAUAAGUUAUACUUUUGUUGAAUAAUUUUGCGAUACAUUUGGAGAAUAUAUUCUACAAGAAGGAUUACUUACAUUAAUGAAAUAACAGAUUAGAGGGAAAUUAUAAUAAUAAUGUUUGAGGAGAUUCGGAUUUCAGCAUUGGAUUGGAAUAAUUCUGUUCAUCGGAAUUUAUAGACGUGUCCCAUUACGAAUAUACUGAGAGAGAGAAUACUCGCAACGAAAAUCGAAAGAUUCCUGACAUUUCAUGAGCAAGCAGAAAAUCGAUUUCGAAUUCCAAACAGGAUUACCGAAGAGCUUCACACCACGAUUGGAAAAGAUCGCUGCUGUUUGCUUUGUCGCUAUGCGACAGCAGAUCGAUUCCAAAACAGAUAGAACGGUAGCCAGAAACCCGCUAGUCGGAAACUUGCGAAAUCAUAUAGAUACAGCCGCAAAAGUUUCAGAAUAAAUUUUGUAGCGUAUAUGUGGCUCGAUCAUCAAUAUAUAUAAGCAAUAAAAGUAAUUGACAGUUGAGCUAUGCUGUUGUGUACAAAACAUGUGCACUCAUUCUUCUAUAAUUAUCCAUGCAAGUAAAAUAAAAAUAAUUAAAUUAUAAUUAAUAUAAUGAGAAAUGCAAGAUGCAACAUACUGCCAUUCAAAUAAUUAACUGCCAGCAUAAAAUUUGAAAAAAAUAAUUCUACAUCUGGCUUUUAUAUUGUAACUAUUUUUUUUUUAUUUUUAUCAUAAAACGAUUAAUAUGUAUGAAAUUUAAAAAAAAAUUAAGAUAAACAAAUUUCUUAGUAAGCAAACUCAAAUUACUGCCACAUAUAAGGGAAACAUUUCAAAAUGUUUACUAAAGAACAAUACAAAUGAAAUAACUAAUUGAGAAAUUGAAAGUAAGAUGUGAUUCACGUCAAUUUUUGAUUUCUAAAUUAUCAAAUUUCGAAAAGAACAUGCUGUAUUCUCCUAAGAGCUUCGUUUGUAAUAAAAGAUACGUAAACACAUAUAAUGAUCUCAUCUGAACCAAUCACUACUAAUAAUCACUACCAAGUAUAGGAAAAUGUUAAAUCGCUACAUAUACUACAGCGACAAAAAUAACACCGAGCAGAGACUGCCGAAUAUAUUGUAUUGUCGUAAUGUUGUUGAUAUAAAAUUAUAAUUCAAAUGCAUAAAA